CCUGUGUGGUUGGCUCCCCGCUUCGAGGGAACCACCCCUCAAGGGUCCUAGACGCACCAUACUCUUCGGGAGUGGCUUGCUGACACGAUAAAACCACCUAUGUCGCCUCAGAUGGCUAGUGAACCAACUGGACAAAUGACCCCAAAACGACCUGCUAAGAUGACUUCGACUCAGUCCUUGAAUCACCUCUUGAACUUCACCCUUCCUCCCAGGCACACCCAACCUCAGAGCUUUCCCAGGCGAGGAAAGAAGUCUUCCGGCCAUGGUGUAUGGAAUAAAGAGAGGUUCGUGAACGCACAGUAUCGGUUUGUCAUGAAUCCUGCCGGUGACUAUACAGCGCACUUCGCUGAUCCCGAUAUCUUCUUCCAAUGGCAAGAUAUCUUGCAGGUUAUCAUACCCCGCACAUCAGCCUUCGCGCUAACCACACUAAUAAGCGGAGAAUCUCGUGAGCUUGAAGAAGGGCUGUCCAGCUGCCCCAUUUGCCUGUCCCCACCUGUUGCUCCUCGCAUGACGAAGUGUGGUCACGUGUUCUGCUUUCCCUGUAUCCUGCACUAUUUGAGCAUGUCGAAGACAUCCAAUUGGGCUCGCUGUCCGAUAUGCUUCGACUCGGUCCAUGAGAAACAGCUCAAGAGCGUCAAGUGGCAUGAGCCUCCGACCGGAGAUCAGAAGCCUCUGGUUCCUGGCGCUUCUUCCCCGUCAUCUGUUCGUGAUGACAUCGAAGGCUUACCCGCGACAGGUUCGACCCUACGUAUGCGCCUCAUACGGCGUCCCCAUAUCACUACGUUGGCUCUUCCUCGUUCGCCUACCUGGCCUUCGGACUUGCUUCCUCCUCAUCAAGCGCCAUUCCAUUUCCUUCCAGAUGUCUACAAUUUUUCCAAGUUUAUGCUUGCCACGCCAGAGUACUUGGUUUCUCAUUUGUUACAGGAUCUAGGAGCUCUCGCUGCCGAAAGGCUUUCCUUAGUUGCCAUGAAGGAUGAACUCAGUCUAUUGUUUAUAGAUGCCGCAAGGGAGGAAUUGUGUCACCAAAUCUCACAGGUGUCCAGCCUAGAAUCUCCUCAGCUCGCUUGUACAAUCGCGAAGGCUCGAGCCCAGUGCGAAGAGCUUGAGCGUCGCAAUAUCCAUGUAGUCAACCGUACUGAAUCUCGAAAGAACUCAGGCAGCGUGCUAUCUGAUGUUCCGGUUGAUUUCUUGGCUGUUCAACGCGUUCCGCCUGUUACUUCAUCACCUUCACCUAAUGCUGGCUCGCACGCUGCAACAUCGGGACCAGAGGCCUCCCUUCUUGGCCGUACCCAUAAACUCCGGCGGAAUCUGAACCCGCCUCCCCCCACUACACAAACUUACUACUACUAUCAAGCUGCAUCUGGCCUCCCGGUGUUCCUCCAUCCCCUCGACAUUAAGAUCCUGCAUUCUCAUUUCAAGAGUUACCCCUCGUUCCCGGACGGCAUUACAAUCCGCGUUGAAUCUGCUGUGGAAGGCUCGGUAAAUGAAGACCUCCGCAAGCGUUGCAAGUAUCUGGCGCACAUGCCUGAAGGUGCCGAUGUCGUAUUUGUCGAAGCUGAUCUUGAGGGCGUAGUUGGCAAGGAAGGUUUGACGAAUUUUGAGGGCCCGUUGAAGCAACGCACUGCGCGGCGAAAGGAGAAAGAGAGGAGGGAUGACCGCGCGCGCGCGCGUGCAGAGGAGAAGGCGAAAGAGAGGGAAAGAUUGUUUUCUCGCGAGUCCUCUGUUACUGUGCACGUCGAUCCCCCACCUAGCGUCACCCCACUUCCCGUGGUCGAAGCUGAGAUACAUCCUGACGCAGAGCGCCAUCCUACGUCGGGCGCGUGGGGUUCGAGAAGUUUCGCGUCUGCAUUACAUUCAUCUCCUGCCUCGAGGCCAGCGUCAGUGAACAAGAAUGCCUCCACCGAACUCAAUGAAUGGGAUCUAGACGCAGCUUGGCACGAGCUUGAGCGUAGUGGCGGACGCAAGAAGCACGGAAAGAAACUGGUGUUACUCGGUGGGGGAGGUGGACGUCAGCGUUAGCUGUGGUAUAGACAGAAUACCAAUAGCGGUUCGCAAAGCAAGUGUAACUUACAUACUAUCUAUCACAACCUCAGGCUUCGAACACCAACGGUAUAAAGAAUGCAACCCAAUAUAAUAUCUACGG